GUAGCAAUGGCUGCCUUUGAAUCGACACUGGCCGCCUUUUGCCAGGAAGUCUUGGGCAUGAAGUUGGACUUCAACAGCAUCUUGGUGCUGGAAUCAUCAACUGCACAGAAGUUCUCCAAACAUGUGGUGGUACAUGGUUUACUCCAGGAAGAUGGCAGCAAGGUGCCCUUGGCCUUUGCUAAUAAUGCGCAGGCUGGCUUACUCGUCAGCGAGCUGAUGAAUUAUGCUAGGGCGCAUCGUGAAGGCAGCUCGUCAAAGCACUUGUUUGUUGAGUCCCCGAAAGCAGAGACGACUGACCGCCGAGAGACAGCCGUGAUUGACGAGUCGGUUUACAGCCGAAAUCGAUCCUUUCGCCUGCUUUUCCAAUCCAAGUUCGGAAAAUCCCGGCGCUUGGACUUGGACAAAGUCUCAGCGGCCCGAUUCUUCGACCGACUGCCGCAUCCAAGCCGCGCACUUCUUGAGACCAUGGUGACAUUCGUGCCACCAAAGACUGAGAUUUUCCGCCAUGCGCUUAUUCCCGAAGGCUUUGGCCAUAUGGACACACAAGCCAAGCGAGUCCAUCGUGGUGGAUCCGUAGUUGUGCGCGGCUCGGAUGGCAAAGUGUCACUAGCCCUACAAGACCCGCUGCUGAACCAUCUGGUACGAGAAUGGGAUAGAGUUCGGGCAACCCAAGAGAAAGCAUCCUUCCCUCCAACCGGAGUCCAAUCUUGCGUGGAGAUGGAUGCUCGCUUCAUGACGGUGACUUUGGUGAACAAUCGCUUUUGCUACUGCAAGGGCUCUUCUCACGUCUCCAAUCAUGUCUACAUGGUGGUCGACACAGAACGACGUUUGUUCUACCAGAAGUGCUUCGAUCCUGACUGUCGUGGCUUCCAAUCGCCUGAGCUCCCAAUCCCUGCCUGGAUACUUGACAACGCCCAGGAGGAGGAGGACCUUGCCAAUCUGCUGAACAGUGCUGAGUGGGAAAGAUUCGAGAAACAAGCAGAA